AUGAACGCCUGUGUUGCUCCGGGCCUCUCGGCGCGGCCCGUCCGGUGCGGCGGCGCGGCCUUGCGCUCCCGCGCGUCGCCCCUGCAGAGCAUCGCAGCCUCUCGCUCCGUCGUCGACAGCGGGGCCGCGUCGCCACCGUCGCCAUUCAGCAGGGCGGAGCGGCGGGGGCACAGCGCAGCAGGGAAGCCGCACGCGCGAGACACCACGACCCGCGCGGGCGGCGUUCUCGCGCCCCUAGGCAUCCUGUUCAACCCCACCGUCCUCAUCAUCAUCUGGGCGUUCGGCGCGUUCCGCCUCGCGAAGGGGUUCCACAAGACGACGUACUCGGACUCGUACAAGCUAGCGCUCUGCACGGUGUGGCCCGUGCUGUUCGUCGCGUCGCCCAAGUUCCGCAAGUCGUUCGCCGGCGCGUGGAAGGCAUGA